UUUGAUUUCAGUGAGCUACCCUAAUUAACCUGAUUUUUUGCUGAUAAUCACUCUCAAUGGAAUCAAAUCACAAAUCCGGGGAUGGAUUGAGCGGCACCCAGAAGGAAGCAGCCCUCCGCGCCCUGGUCCAGCGCACAGGAUAUAGCUUGGUCCAGGAAAAUGGACAAAGAAAAUAUGGUGGCCCUCCACCUGGUUGGGAUGCUGCACCCCCAGAAAGAGGCUGUGAAAUCUUUAUUGGAAAACUUCCCAGAGACCUUUUUGAGGAUGAACUUAUCCCAUUAUGUGAAAAAAUUGGUAAAAUUUAUGAAAUGAGAAUGAUGAUGGAUUUUAAUGGCAACAAUAGAGGAUAUGCAUUUGUAACAUUCUCAAAUAAAUUGGAAGCCAAGAAUGCAAUCAAGCAACUUAAUAAUUAUGAAAUUAGAAAUGGUCGUCUCUUAGGGGUCUGUGCCAGUGUGGACAACUGCCGAUUGUUUGUUGGGGGAAUCCCGAAAACCAAAAAAAGAGAAGAAAUCUUAUCGGAGAUGAAAAAAGUCACCGAGGGAGUCAUUGAUGUCAUCGUCUACCCAAGUGCUGCCGAUAAAACCAAAAACCGGGGCUUUGCCUUUGUGGAAUAUGAAAGUCAUCGGGCAGCUGCCAUGGCCAGGAGGAAACUGUUACCAGGAAGAAUUCAGUUAUGGGGACAUCCUAUUGCAGUAGACUGGGCAGAGCCGGAAGUAGAAGUUGAUGAAGACACCAUGUCUUCCGUGAAAAUCCUAUAUGUAAGAAAUCUUAUGCUGUCCACCUCUGAAGAGAUGAUUGAAAAGGAAUUCAACAAUAUUAGACCAGGUGCGGUGGAGAGGGUAAAAAAAAUCCGAGACUAUGCCUUUGUGCACUUCAGUAACCGAGAAGAUGCAGUUGAGGCUAUGAAAGCUUUAAACGGGAAGGUGCUGGAUGGUUCCCCCAUUGAAGUGACCUUAGCCAAACCAGUGGACAAGGACAGUUAUGUUAGGUAUACCCGAGGCACAGGUGGAAGGGGCACCAUGCUUCAAGGAGAGUACACCUACUCUUUGGGCCAUGUUUAUGAUCCCACCACAACCUACCUUGGAGCUCCUGUCUUCUACGCCCCCCAGGCCUAUGCAGCAAUUCCCAGUCUUCAUUUCCCAGCCACAAAAGGUCACCUCAACAACAGGGCCAUUAUCCGAGCCCCUUCUGUUAGAGGGGCUGCGGGAGUGAGAGGACUGGGCGGCCGUGGCUAUUUGGCAUACACAGGCCUGGGCCGUGGAUACCAAGUCAAAGGAGACAAGAGAGAAGACAAACUCUAUGAUAUUUUACCUGGGAUGGAGCUCACCCCCAUGAAUCCUGUGACUUUAAAACCCCAAGGAAUUAAACUUGCUCCCCAGAUAUUAGAAGAAAUUUGUCAGAAAAAUAACUGGGGCCAGCCAGUGUACCAGCUGCAUUCUGCCAUUGGACAAGACCAAAGACAAUUAUUUUUAUUCAAAGUAACUAUUCCUGCUCUGGCCAGUCAGAAUCCUGCAAUCCACCCUUUCACACCUCCGAAGCUAAGUGCCUAUGUGGAUGAAGCGAAGACAUACGCAGCAGAGUACACCCUGCAGACCCUGGGCAUCCCCACCGAUGGAGGUGACGUGGGGACAAUGCCUGCUGCUGCUGCGUCUGCUGCUGUUUUCCCAGGAUACGCUGUCCCCAGCGCAACAGCACCUGUGUCUGCAGCCCAGCUCAAGCAAGCAGUGACCCUUGGACAAGACCUAGCAGCAUACACAACCUAUGAGGUCUACCCCACUUUUGCAGUGACUGCCCGAGGGGAUGGAUACGGAACCUUCUGAAGAUACCUUUCUUUUAACUUAAGAAUAAGAAACACAAACCUCUAUAUAGGAGAAAUAAACUUCUCACUCAGUACCCUAAUGAUCAUAAGCCAUGCCUUUCCUAAAGUAGUUCCUUUCCUAAGACAGUAUAACUGGCACUCGUUCAUAGAAUCAUGAAAUGUGAAUGCCAUUCCUAAAUGAAAUCAAAUGUCCAGGAGCCUUUUGUUUAACAGGAAGCUGCAGAGCCAUUGACCCCAAAUUUAUUCUUCCAAGGUUCCUGAGUGUCCUGGAAGUAUGUUUACAAAUACUGACAGAGUGGGAGAGAUCUCUCAGUAGGCAGGUGUGAGGGCUGAGCAAACCUGGGUUGUCAGUAACAACAAGGGGAAGCUGAUUAACUUCCAGGUUCUCAAUCCCUGGCUCACAGCUGCUUUUGUGAUACAAAGAGUCACAAAGAGGCAAAAGGAAGGUAGAAGGUUACUUUGCAAAACACCUUCACCAUUGCCCAUAUCCCAGAUCUGAAACCAAGACACUUGUCCAAGAUUUUAUGGAUUCAGCAUCACUUCAGUCUGAAAAUUCCACCCAAUCAAAUUUUGUCAUAAAUCAGAAUACUUUUGGCCCCUUCCGUCUCUGGGGACAUUCUAGAAACUGAUAUAACAUGUUGCACAUAUGGUUGAAACAAUUCCAUGUUCCUUAUUUAUUCAACUCUUUAGCCUAAACUAUUUUUCUCUAGAACUCCUGCCCUGCCCAGGAUGCCAUAGUACAAAAACCAUACCAAUAUGAAGUUACUUUCUCAUUUUAAAAACUUUUCCUUAUCCAUACAGAAAUUUUUUCAUCUUGGAUGCAGGGUGUUCAUCUCUAAUGCAGUAAAAACACUUUACAGAUCUACAAGAUACCACCUACGAUAUUUUUUCCUACUCAGCAAAAUAGGCUGCAAGGUCAUGUCAAAGAUAAAAGUGAAGUUUUUUUGGUCUGUUGUUUUGUUUUGGUGGGUCACUGUCAUUUUGUGUUGCUUUGCUCUGCAGUACUGGGGAUCAAAUGCAGGGCCUCCUGCAUGCCAGGUAGGCACUCCACACUAAC